GUCAAUGUUAGUAUGUAAAUUUUGUAAAAUUUGAAAUUUCAUGCAGUCAAACAUUUUUAAUGUAAUUAUUUUUUAAAAGUGAACACUGAAGAGAUGGUUUACACAUUGCGGUUAUAUGCAUAGCAUAUUUCAUAGCAACCAUUAAUAUUUAUUUAAAUUGUUUUCAUCACAUAGGAAGUACCAGCUUUCUGCAUAAUGGAGAUGGAUGAUACACAUAUGAACCUUUUAAAGGACAUGAUCUUAGAUGAAGGAAAAUUGGUUACUUAUUUAACAUUGGCAAAAGAUCUUUGUAUACACAUUAACAAUAGUAAACUAUUGAUGCAUAGUUUUAUUAAAUCUACUCGUGAAGGGAAUCCUAAACUAGAACUUAACAUAAACUUUUUGAUAUCUGGUUUAAUUGACGAAAAUAAAGUCAGGGUAACCGUUUGCUCUGAAGAUAAGUUGGAAGAACAUAAGAAAACGUUUAAAGUUGUCUAUUUCAUUCACGUAUAUAGUAUUUCCAAAGGACGGUCAAAGGAAAAUUCGGCAGCAUUGGUGAGCGUAAUUAAAUAUGAUGAUUUUAACUUAUGUCCAGGCAUUAUUAAAAGUCAGGCCAGUAUCAAGAGAUCUGAUGUAGAAAUUGGUAUUCUUAAAAGUAGCAGUCAGAAAAAGAUUGUAAAUCGGGUAGAUCCACAACCAAAAAAGGCUAAACAAGAAGAUAAAUUGAAACCUUUGAAGAAUGUUCACGAAAUCAAUGGUAAAGCCCUUAAAUCUGAACCUGAUAUAGAUAUCAAGAAAGAAAUUAUUUCCCCUAAAAAGGAUUUUAAACCCAAUAACAAACCUAGUUCUCACAAGGGAAUUGCGGGAUUUUUCAAUAAACAAAAUGGAAUUGGCAACAAAAAAGAAAAUAAGAUUACAGUAGAUUUAAAGGCUACUAGCCAAAAAGCAGCAGAUGUUUCUAAAACAGAACAGAAUGCUUUAAAUGAUAAAAUGGAUGUUGAUAAUCAAGAAGAAACCGAAGUUAAAAAGGAAGCAAGAAAGGAAAAUAUGAUGAAUGAUAAUAAAAUAUUAAAUAAUAUUAAAAAACAUUCAAAAGUAGAUAAAAAACGCAAAAGGGUUUUGCGGGUUUCUGACAGUGAUAGUGAAGAAGAGAAUGAUCCUUUUGUUGCUGAGGAAAACAAGGAAAUUGCUAAUGAAUCUGAUGAAGAAAUUCCACCAACUCCAGUUGCAAAUAAUUUAAAAAUAACAUCAGGAAUUGUGAAUCCUAGAAAAAAGAGAAAGGUUGUAGAUAAAACAUAUAUGAGUGAUGAUGGUUACAUAAUUACUAAAAGAGAAGAGGUGUAUGAAAGCUGUUCUGAUUCUGAAAGUGUGGACAAAGAGGUGUCAAUAAAAAAAGAAAUUAAAGAAGAGAAAUUACAAAUUUCUCCAAAAACAAAACCCAAGGAAGUGAAGAAUUCACCUAAGAAGAAAAAAGUUUCCCCACCUCAGAAGGGAAAACAAGCUACAUUAAUGAAUUUUUUCAAAAAAAAGUGAUAUUGUUAUUUAAAAUUAAUCAUGGAAUUAUAUUUGUUACAAUUCACAUUUGUAAAAAGCACCUUAAAUACCUAUAAAUUACAGGCUGCAACUCGAAUUACUUUGAAUUAGGAUAAUUAUUGUGGAUUAGGAAAUGCCCUAAUUUGUAAAAAAAGGUUUUAUUUCUUUCAACUACCCUAUAUAAUUAUUUGUUAGAAUGUUUUUCAGAAGCUUAAGUGUAAAUGUAUGAAACACACCUUUAUACAUCAGGAUGACUCAAAAAAUCAAGUACAUAGGAAAAAAAUAUUCCAUUUCAUCUGGUAAUGUUUACAGGAAAUAAUAUAAUUUUGUUGAAACCAUUUAUGGCAGCACUGUAUUAAGGAAACACUUUAAGUCCUUGUAUUUAUUAUGGGAACUUUAAAACCCAAGUAAAUGGAUAAAUCAUUCUAAGAUAAAAAUCGUUAAAGAUUUAGAAGUAAACAUAUUGAAAUUAUUGUUACUUUCUAUAAAUAAAACAAAUUAAUAUAAAAAUGUA